AUGAAUCUAACAGACCAUCUUCAGGUAGCCCCCAAUACCACCUCGCUAACCUCCCCAAAAGGCAACAGCACCUAUUUCCAGAAGGAUCUUCAGGAGAUCAUUCACACAGCCACCUUGGUGACCUGCACCUUCCUGCUUGUUAUCAUCUUUUUCAUGGGUUCCUACGGCAACAUUAUUGUUUUCAUGUCCUUCUUUGACCCAGCCUUCAGGAAGUUCAGGACCAACUUUGAUUUCAUGAUCCUGAACUUGUCCUUCUGUGACCUCUUCAUUUGUGGAGUGACAACUCCCAUGUUCACUUUUGUGCUGUUCUUUAGCUCAGCUGCCAGCAUCCCUGAUGCUUUUUGCUUCACCUUUCACCUCACAAGUUCCGGCUUCAUCAUCAUGUCCCUCAAAACAGUGGCAGUGAUUGCCCUUCACCGACUUCGAAUGGUUCUGGGGAAGCAGCCUAAUCGAACUGCCUCCUUCCCCUGUACAUUGAUCCUUACCUUACUUCUUUGGGCUACUAGCUUCACACUGGCCGCCCUGGCUACACUGAAAAGUAGCAAGUCACACCUCUGUCUCCCCAUGUCCAGUCUGAAUACCAGAGAAGGCAAAACCAUCCUUUCUCUGUAUGUGGCUGAUUUCACCUUCUGUGUGGCAGUGGUCUCUGUCUGCUACAUCAUGAUAGCUCAGGCCCUGAGGAAAAAUGCUCAGGUAAGAAAAUGCCCUCCAGUCAUCACAGUUGAUGCUUCCAGGCCUCAGCCAUUCAUGGGAGGGGGCCAGAUGGGAGGCAUAGAUAGCAUUCAGGGUGCUGGACCAGCUUUAUAUAGGAACCAGAACUACAACAAACUGCAACAUGUACAGACCCAUGGAUACACCCAGUGUUCCAACCAGCUACCAACUCCUGCAGCCAGUCGGCUCCAGCUGGUCUCUGCUGUCAAUCUGUCCACUGCAAAGGAUUCUAGAGCAGUGGUCACAUGUAUAGUCAUUGUGCUAUCUGUGUUGCUUUGCUGCCUUCCUCUGGGUAUUUCCCUGGUACAGGUAGUUCUGUCAAGCAGUGGGAGCUUUAUCUUUUACCAGUUUGAACUGUUUGGAUUUACCCUCAUAUUUUUCAAAUCAGGAUUAAACCCUUUUAUAUAUUCUCGGAACAGUGCGGGCCUGAGGAGAAAAGUCCUCUGGUGCUUCCAGUAUAUAGCCCUGGGCUUUUGUUGCUGUAAGCAGAAGACCAGGCUUCGAGCUAUAGGCAAAGGGAGCCUGGAAGUCAAUAGGAACAAGUCCUCCCAUCAUGAAACCAACUCAGCCUACAUGUUGUCUCCAAAACCUCAGAAGAAAUUUGUGGACCAAGCUUGUGGUCCAAGUCACUCAAAAGAAAGUGUUCUGAGCCCCAAAGUCUCAGCUGGACAUCAGCACUGUGGUCAGAGCAGUUCAACCCCCAUCAAUACUCGAAUUGAACCUUAUUACAGCAUUUACAACAGUAGCCCAUCCCAAGAGGUGAGCACCCCAAAUAGCGUACAGCCAGUGAACGUUUUUGGAUUUACUAAAUUGAACAUUGCUAAGCAUUAUCACACCACUAAUGAUUUAAUGCAAGACUGUGACAGCAUUUCUGCCAAGCAAAUUCCAAUCCCUUCAGUUUGACAUAGUAGAGACUAUAGAAUCCUGUAUAAACUUCCUUUGAGU